AUGCCACGUCCUAGACGCCUCGAUGUCGCAAAAAUCAGGCAAGCCAGAAAUGUCGAUGCCCUAAGCAGAGAAAUCCGGACCUGUUUUACGACCCGGGCCUACGGAGAAGUCAGUAACCAGUGGUCGCCACUGAAGACUUCAGUCUAUGGGGCAGCUGAGAAAAUCCUUGGAUACACCCAGCGACGCCGCGGUGACUGGAUCAGCGGAACAAACCUGCAGUUGUCUGCUCAGGCGGCUAGAGCCAGGUCCUGCAACGAUGAUUACUUCCGCCAACUUCGGAAGAUGACGGCAAAAUCGGCCAGAGAUGACCGGAAGCAAUAUUGGGCUGAAAUAGCGACCCCCAUGGAACAGGCCUCAAACGUUGGAGACAAUCGAAAGUUCUACCGUCUGAUCCGCCAAGUUAGCGGUGAGCUCUCUACACUGAGUGACUCUGUUUACGAUGUGAACGGCGGCUCUAUUGUUGGCAACUCGGCCAAAGUCGAGCGCUGGUGCGAGCACUUUGAGCACCAUCUCAACUUCGAUACCCAACCACCCUCGUCCUUGCUCUUCCCUCUCCUACCUAUGCAGUGCCAUGCGAUCCCCCCUCCGAGGGGGAAGUCGCCGAUGUCAUACGAAAGUUGCACAACAAUACGGCACCCGGAGAGGACGGUAUACCCGGUGAAAUCCUCAAGUCUUGUGUCGACACUCUGGUGCCCUGGCUCCAUGAGCUGAUUGAACGAGCGUGGAGAGACGAGGUUGUUCCUGAUGACUGGGGCUUAGGCAUCCUUGUACCUAUCCUCAAGAAGGGAAAUAAGACGAGAUGCGAGAACUACCGCGACAUAAGUCUCAUCGACGUUGCUGCGAAGAUCUUCGCUAUUGUCCUACUCAGGCGAUUCCAGGCUGUGCGUGACUCAAGGACGAGGCCCAACCAAGCCGGAUUUCGUGCUGGACGUGGAUGCGCAGAUCAGAUAUUCACACUGAGGCGCAUUCUCGAAUUUCGCCAUAGCUACCAACAACCGACGGCCGUCUGCUUCAUUGACUUUGCCGCCGCGUUCGAUUCCGUUCACCGUGAGUCCCUGUGGCGGAUAAUGGCGCUAGAUGGUGUACCGGCAAAAAUCAUCGCCAUGAUCAAGGCCUACUAUCGCUCCACUAUUGCGAGAGUCCUGGUCCGCAAUAAUCUUUCCCAACCGUUCGGUAUUCCGGUCUAG